UGUAGAAAUAAAACAGAAUAGAAGCUACACGGUGAAGCGCUCCCUUAUGGAGACUAUGCCUAUGUGAUCUACUUCUGCAUAAGACACGCUCCAACCCGGGCUGCCUCCAGUGUAACUGGUUGGGUUAGCGAUAGUUGUUUAACCGGCUCACAGACGGUGAUAGUAACUUUUGUCUUAGUACUGACACUUCGACAAACUACUUCCAGCUGGCUGUUGGUGGGCACACAGUCACUGGGUCGAAAUCAGUCGACGGUCUUUAAAUGCUGGACACUCUCCACCUGUUAUUUGCUACGUUACGGGGCUACGUUAGCUGAAUUGAUUGCUAGCUCACCUUAGCAAUUUGUUAAAGUUUCUGUCCCUUCUGCGUAGCAUAUCAAGGUUCUUGUCAUGCUGCAGUGAUGUACAAGGUACUGAUUUUAAUACUAACCUUCUGGGGGGUGACAGUGAACUGCAUUGGAACAUCGCCGGCACCAUCCCGCAAUAAAUCUACGGAAAUGUGUUACUCUGCUCGAAUUAGGAGUACUGUACUCCAGGGUUUGCCCUUUGGUGGGGUGCCUACUGUCCUUGCCCUUGACUUUAUGUGCUUCUUGGGUCUGCUGUUUGUGUUCUCUAUCUUGAGAAAAGUGGCAUGGGACUAUGGGCGCCUCGCUCUAGUGACUGAUGCCGAAAGCACGGGCUUCUUCUGUGUGAGCACACCGCAUGAGCAAGACACACAGGAUGCUUGCGGGGAAAGCAUGGUUUCUCCUACUACAUCUGACAUGCAUGAACGCUAUGAGCGCCUCACAUCAGUCUCUAGCUCGGUGGAUUUUGAUCAUAGAGACACAGGGUUCUGCGAUUGGUUAACUUCUAUAUUCCGGAUCAAGGAAGACGAGAUAAGGGAAAAGUGCGGUGACGAUGCAGUGUAUUACUUGUCCUUUCAGCGCCACAUCAUUGGCUUGUUAGUAGUGGUGGGCGUGCUCUCUGUUGGCAUCAUCUUGCCAGUGAACUUUUCUGGAAAUCUGCUAGAAAACAAUGCCUAUAGUUUUGGGCGAACCACUAUAGGAAAUCUCGGAGCAGAUAACGCACUACUGUGGCUGCACACCAUCUUUGCAUUUCUUUACUUGUUACUCACGGUGUACAGCAUGAGACGGCACACAUCCAAAAUGCAAUACAAGGAGGAUGACCUGGUUAAACGCACUUUAUUCAUAAAUGGGAUCUCCAAAUAUGCAGAAGAAAAGGAGAUAAACCAGCACUUUGAGAAGGCAUAUAAUUGUCGUGUACUGGAAACUCGUCUCUGUUACGAUGUAGCCAAUUUGAUGUAUCUUAGCACUGAAAGGAAAAAGACAGAACGCAGUAAGAAAUUCUUUAUUGACCUGAAGACACAGGGGAAGAUUACCAUGGUCAACCCAAAGCCCUGUGGACACCUGUGCUGUUGUAUCGUUAAAGGGUGUGAACAGGAAGAGGCAGUGAGCUUCUAUACCCGUUUGGAGGCAAGCUUAAAAGAACAAUGCAGGAAGGAGAGGGAGAAGAUCAACUCGAAACCUUUAGGAAUGGCUUUUGUCACCUUCGAGGAUGAAGGCACAGCUGCAAUAAUUUUAAAGGACUUCAAUGCCUGCAAGUGUCAUGGCUGUCAGUGCCGUCGUGAGCCCAGAAGCUCUAUAUUCAGCGGCAAACUGCAUACACAAAAAUGGACCAUCGCCUAUGCCCCUGAUCCACAAAAUGUUUACUGGGAUCAUCUGUCACUGGGAGGAUUGAAGUGGUGGCUCCGCUGCUUGUUAAUCAACAGUAUCCUCUUCAUCCUCCUCUUCUUUCUCACCACUCCUGCCAUUAUCAUCUCCACCAUGGACAAGUUCAAUGUUACCAAACCAGUGGAGUACUUAAAUAAUCCAAUCAUCACCCAGUUCUUCCCCACCCUCCUCCUGUGGUCUUUCUCUGCCUUACUUCCUACUGUCGUCUACUACUCUGCCUUCUUCGAAAGGCACUGGACCCGGUCAGGAGAAAACAGGACUACGAUGCAUAAAUGCUACACUUUCUUGAUCUUUAUGGUCCUGUUGUUGCCCUCUCUUGGACUCACCAGUUUGGAUGUUUUCUUCCGGUGGCUUUUUGACAAAAGUUUCUUGCAGGAAGCUAAAAUAAGAUUUGAGUGUGUUUUCCUUCCUGACAAUGGAGCCUUCUUUGUAAACUAUGUCAUAGCAUCUGCAUUCAUCGGUAAUGCCAUGGACUUGCUGAGGAUUCCUGGUUUACUGAUGUACAUGAUCCGCCUCUGUCUGGCUCGCUCUGCAGCUGACAGAAAGAAUGUCAAAAGGCACCAGGCUUAUGAGUUCCAGUUUGGGGCAGCUUAUGCCUGGAUGAUGUGUGUCUUCACUGUGGUUAUGACCUACAGCAUAACCUGCCCAAUCAUAGUCCCUUUCGGGCUGAUGUACAUGCUGCUAAAACACCUAGCAGACAGAUACAACAUGUAUUAUGCGUAUCUGCCAUCUAAAUUGGACAAGAAGAUCCAUUCUGGAGCUGUAAACCAAGUGGUGGCUGCUCCUAUCCUCUGCCUGUUUUGGCUUCUCUUCUUCUCCACUGUUCGCUCGGGGUUUUCAGCCGCAACAUCCAUGUUUACAUUUGUGGUUUUGAUCAUCACAAUCAUCAUUUGCCUCUGUCACGUCAUCUUUGGGUAUUUUAAAUAUUUCAGCGCUCACAACUACAAGAUUGAAACAGAGGCUGUGGACGGAUCGGAAAAUGGAGACUCAGCGUGUCCUUCUGCUGCCAACAAGGCAGCGCAAAUGUACAUUGCUGAGGUACUACAAGAGCCAAAUUCAGAUGAGACUGGUUCUGGCAGCGGUGAGGACGACGGCCAGGGGUCCUCACAAGACGAGGAAAUAAUCAGUGUUGACAAUGGCUUAAAUGAAGCCUUUCAGUCUGGUGAGGACAGCCUAAUUGAUAAUGAAGUGCGGCAAUGAUUGCACCUGGGAAUAGAAAGCCAAGUCACUUUAGGAGCCCACUGAAUGAGUGAAUUAAAUGAGGAACUGAACCAACGGUUCUCCGAAACAUCUCAUCCUCCUUGGGGGACCUUCCACUAACAUAAGCACCCUGCCCUGUCUACUAAGAAUUAAACGGACUGUCGCACAAAGACUCUCACAUUUCCUUUACUGGGCCUCGCCAGGCCGUAUCCUAUGUGUACCUACUGGAGAAGGAAUCUACUCUGGCAUCGAAAGGGUAGCAACAUCUUCGUGCUCCUGACGCAACUGAGGCACACCCCAGUCGCUUUCUCUGGACCAAUGGAAAGAAGACAUUAAUGCAUAAGGAAAUCAUUGCCUUGUCUUGUAAGGGGAGUUACCUUGGUAUUGCACCCGAAUGACAGGACCAGUACGCUCCACUUUCACUAAGGUACUGCAGUAUGGCAUGCAGCUUCAAAAACGUGGAGAGAUUUCUCCCAUAAUUGCUAACUGCACUAGAUGUUUUCAGAAAAUAAGAAGAUUAGGAGAGAUGAGCGCAUGAGAUGAUGGGAGCAGCCUUUAUGCCAGAUAGUGCUAUCAGUCCAGAUGAGAUGGUCUCACAUGAUUCUUCCAGUUCCAUAGAAGCCUUGAAAAACUGGGGAAAAAAAUGCUACUUAACACUCCAGGAAGCUUUGACACUGUACAGCUAUUAAAAAAAAAAUCUCUGGAUUUGUAAAAUAGCCUUUUUUUCGACAUGUAUUUAUUGGUAGGCAUGGAGUUUUUAACGCUGUCAUGCUUUACACACCCUUUAAGCUGUGGAAGAAGAUAAUUCAUGUCUCAGCACACUACACUGAUAAUGAUCUUAGUUUCUGGGUCUGAACCUUUUGUUGGGACUGCAGUUGGAAUGCUGCUACUAAUGCUGCCUCCAAAUAAAAAGGGGGGAAACCUUUGCACGGUUGCUGCAGAAGGACCAGAGCUGAGAGCCUGUGGAAGGUCUAGCUAUGAGGAAGGAGAGAAAGGCCUUUUUGGUUCCCCCUUCCCCGGGUCAGUUUUAGAUGAUGCUGACUGUGCUUCUGUACGCGUUGUUCUCGUUUCCUUUUUGUUUACGUUUUCCUGUAAGUUGCUUGAAAUUAAGAUUUAGUUCAGGUGGCUGCCAUUUUUCUUCUUUUGUCCUGUCAGGCCCUCUUUAAUGUCAAUGUUUAUGUAGACACUUUAUCAUGCCGAUAGCUUAUUUUAAGUUUCUGUAGUCAAUGAGGAGAGAUUAGGGGUGUAGACUGUUCUUUUUUUUUUUUUUUUUUUUUCUUUUUCUUCGAUAACACUAAAUAAUGGGCAAGAUUUAACUAUAACAGUUACAGAUUUAUUUUUUUUUGUGUCGUACUUGUCUUUAAUAGGAAAGAGGGGAUUGUGAAGGAAUCGAGUUUGACCCAGAAGUGUCUGUGAGCAUAUAGACAUGCUCUAAAAGACCACAUUUGAUCAAGAAACGCAGCAACUCUAAUCAGAAUACUUUAACAACAUUGCAACACUACGAGCUACCCUAUGAAAUACUAAAAAAAUGAAGAACAUUUAUGAUAAAAGGCAAAGCACAACUGCUGUCUGUUGACUUAAUGAUAUGGGAUCAUAUUAAAACACGUUUUGUACCAGCUUUUGGAACCAUAGACAAAAGAAAUGUGCCGCUAACUGAUCUUCCACUUGUAUGACUGAUGGAGAAGGGCACAUCUUGGUGUAUUUGUACCACGUAUAGGUUCAUCAUCAUGGUACUAACAAGACAAUUGUAUGACACCGCUGAUUCCUGUGCUCUUUGCAUCACGAUUAGGUGAUUUCGUUUGGUUUUUGUUUGUUUGUUUUUUAAAUAUACCUCUGAGCUGGCUUGAACUGUCUGAAUGUGUCAGCACAGGUAACACAUCUUUUCCAGUAACUCUAAUCUCAGUUCAACUAACAUUUCCAUGUCUCCACUAAGCACUGGAUGUAGUUAAAUAUAUCGUAUUUGGUGAGAUAAAGGUAGGAUACGAGUGGUUCUGUAUUUAAGCAACUUUAAUGGGACGGUUCUCUCACUAAGCCAGAUGUUUUAUACUGUAUUCAACCUUACUGCUGUCCAGCCCAGUGCUCUUGUAUUUAAUUUGCUUAUAGAUCUACGUUUGUUAGUCUCAUGGUUUCAGUGAUUUCUGUAAUGAUGGAUUUUUCUUUUGUACUAUCUUUGUAAGAUCUGUAUAAACUUAAUGCAAAUAAUGGGGUUGUAAUUUUUUUUUAAACAGCAGAUCUCUAACGGAGGUUGUGGGCUUGUUUGUCUCUGCAUCUCAAAAAGUGCACAGUCACAAUGUUUUGUUUGUUCUGUUUGUGCUUUGCCUUUUUUAGGUUUAGAUCAUUCUAGAUAUUGAGAGUAACAAUGGCAUAUCUCAACAUUCGACUUACUCGUUUAUCAUUCUUUCCAUUGGUCUGUCUGUACAGACAUAUUCUGUACUUCCCCUGAGUUCAUUCAACAAUAAAUGUGUUUAAUCAGCUUA